AUGUCUCCUGUUCAGCAGAGCCGCCAGGACCCUAUUGUGAUGGUCAUUGAUUUUCACCAUGCUAGGGGUCCUGAGAUUGAAUUAUGCAUUGGAAACGAGAGAACCGAUCCCGCAGCAGAGAAUGACUGGUCUCUAUUGCCAUUCAUGGCACUAUCCGACGGAGCGCAUGCAUCAACCGAAGAAUUCUCCUACUUCACUCUCCGUCGCGUCGAGACACCCACAGAACCCGCAACCUCGCUCUUCGGUAUCGCCUGCUCCAGACAGAUAGAUUCGAAUAUCCUCCUCUACAGACCCCCCGAUGUGACAAGGUCGACGGUGCAAAAGGCCGUUGUCGUCGUCACGGAUAGUCCGCAGCGUGUUGGGCAGUUGAGGGAGAAAUUGUCGGUUGUGACGUCAGCGUGGUUUGCGCAGCGGAAUUUUUCGGAUGUUGAUAUCUUGAGGAAAUUCCGUGAGGGCCUCGUUAUUAGCCUCAAAAGUGAUGAGGCGAAGAACGAUCAGAACCUUGGGCUCUCGCUGCGAGAGAUGAUUCACGAAUUCAAAUAUCAGACCCUGGUCUUGUUCAAGGCUCUGCUUCUGCAACCAAAGAUGCUCUUUUUUGGCUCGCGUUGUGAGCGUCUAUGCAUGAUCCAAUUCUCUUUGAUCUCCCUGAUACCCGGCCUCUUGAAUCAUCUCGAAGACUGCGCAGACCCAGCAUUCGACAGCUACACACAGACUGCCGAGAAGCCAACGUCACUUAGAACCAGUGAGAGGAGCUCUUUGCUAGCAUAUACAGGUUUGCCUCUGCAGAUAUUUGGAAAGGGCAGCAUGUUCGGUCCUUAUACACCGCUCCAGCAGCUGGAUCUGCUGGCAGAUUCCGGUACCAAGUCCUACGUGGUUGGGUCGACAAAUUCGCUUCUUCUACAACAGAAGGAUCGUUACAGUGAUAUUCUAAUUAAUCUUGACGAAGAUACUGUUAAUAUUCUAUCUCCCUCUUUCCGGAACGCACUCUCCCUUUCCGCAGCGGACAGGCGCUGGAUCGAUUUCCUGACACAAGUCAUCAACGAGACCUGGGACGAUGCUCAUCCGCAACGACCCAAAACCCACGGCUACAUGGGGUCAGAAGAAUUUAUCCGACUACAAUUCGAAGAGUACCUGCUUGCACUACUUUCCUGCAUGAAAUACCACGAAGACCUCAACUCCUUCAACGCAGGCGAAACAGGGGCAAAAAGCAAGGCACAACUAGAAGCAUUCAACAUCGAAGGCGACCCAGCCUUAGAAUUCAAUGCUGAAUUCCUCGCACACUGGCAAACAACACCAAACUACGCUCUCUUCAAACGACUCACUUCCGACGCGCUCCUCUUCUCAAUCGUGGAACCCCGUCACCCUUGCGCCGGCGGCCUCACAAUCGAAGACGUCCAACGUCGACUCUCCCAACAAGUCGCGGAACUCCACCUCGACGACCGUGUCCGCGAAGGCAGGGAAGCAAUAAACCGACACCUCUCCACGGGCCAAAAGAAAGUCAGCGCCGUUUUCAACAGCUUCUGGUCAGACAUCGACGCAAUGCGCGAAGCACAGCGGAAAAAGAAUGAAGAGAAAGAAAAGGCCUCCCAGUCGCAACGCUCCUCUCUGGAACGAAUCAACUCCCCGCCGCUUAAUGCCUCAGACACAGCCUCGAUAACGUCUAGCACCGGCACGGGAUCUACAUCAUGGUUCGCAAACCGCAAAGCCCCCACCGUCGAUGUCGCUCAGGCGCAAGCCUCCGUCAGUGCCGCAGGCCAGAAAGCAGGCGCAUAUCUGAGCUCGUGGGGUAGCUGGGCCAGCGAAAAGAAAAAAGAAUGGCAAGAGAAGAAGACUUCGGCCCCAUCCUCCCCAUCUCCAUCGUCAUCUUCCCCUACCACCGCUGCGGCAAUCACAUCGCCCUCCACACCAGCACUAGGCAGCAUCACAGAAGCCCCCACCGAAUCCGACCGCGGCCGCACCCGCUCCAUGCCACGCUACAGCGAAGACUCAGCCAGUACGCUCUCCCGGAGCGGAAGUCGCCGAAAGCGGUGGAGCAAUAUCCUGCUGCGACGGGAUAGUGGGGAAUUCAGCCUCUCGCCUAGUCGGAAGGACGAUAGUAAUGAGAGUAGUGAGGGGGAGACGACGUAUCCGAAGUCGCCUUUGUCGAGGGAAGCCCCGAUGUUGGGCGAGGAUCUGGAGAAGUCGACGACGGCUGAUACAUUGAGUGCCCAGUCUGUGGGGGCGAGGCAUAAGGCGGAGAAUGUCAAGGCGAAGGCGGAGGCUGAACAUACGAAUGGUCCUUCGUCGGAUUCGUCAAGAAAGGAACCCCCUGAGAAAACACCAUCUGCCACAUCGUUGCAGGAAACAACAGGAAACUCUCACGCGAAUGAAGUGAAGGAUACCACUGAAACGCUGCAUGCAUCUUAA